CUUUCAUCUCAGGGCGGCUGCGGCGGCAGCCUCAACUUCCCGUGUCCGCUGUGGGCUGGGCGGGCCCCCCACCGCCGGCGAGGAUGAUGAUGAUGUCUCUGAACAGCAAGCAGCCCUUCAGCAUGCCCCACGGCAGCGGCAGCCUGCACGAGCCCAAGUACUCGGCGCUGCACACCGCCUCCCCCUGCACCUCCGCCGCCGCCGCCCCCUCGGCCAGCUCCCCCAGCAGCACCAGCAGCGGGGCCGGCAGGAACAGCACCAGCACCAGUACCAGCUCGGAGGCGAUGAGGCGAGCCUGCCUCCCAACUCCCCCGAGUAAUAUAUUCGGCGGUCUGGAUGAGAGUUUGCUGGCCCGCGCUGAAGCCCUGGCGGCGGUGGAUAUAGUUUCCCAGACCAAGAGCCACCAUCAUCACCCGCCUCAUCACAGCCCCUUCAAGCCGGACGCUACUUACCACACCAUGAAUACCAUCCCUUGCACCUCUGCUGCCUCCUCCUCGUCGGUGCCCAUUUCCCACCCGUCAGCCCUGUCCGGCACUCACCACCACCACCACCACCAUCACCACCACCACCACCAGCCUCACCAGGCUUUGGAAGGGGAGCUUUUAGACCACAUCACUCCAGGGCUGGCGCUGGGGGCCAUGACCGGACCCGACGGCUCGGUGGUCUCCACGCCAGCCCAUGCGCCUCACAUGGCCAGUAUGAACCCUAUGCACCAGGCGGCUCUAAGCAUGGCCCAUGCCCACGGACUGCCUUCUCACAUGGGAUGCAUGAGCGACGUGGACGCAGAUCCCCGGGAUUUAGAAGCGUUUGCGGAGAGGUUCAAGCAGAGGAGGAUCAAGCUCGGAGUGACCCAGGCAGAUGUGGGAUCUGCCCUGGCCAACUUGAAGAUCCCAGGGGUAGGCUCACUGAGCCAAAGCACCAUCUGCAGGUUUGAGUCCCUUACCUUGUCCCACAAUAACAUGAUCGCCCUCAAACCCAUCUUGCAAGCCUGGCUAGAAGAAGCAGAGAAAUCUCACCGGGAGAAGCUCACCAAACCAGAGCUCUUCAACGGAGCAGAGAAGAAGAGGAAGCGCACCUCUAUCGCUGCACCUGAGAAGAGGUCCUUGGAAGCCUAUUUUGCCAUCCAGCCACGUCCUUCCUCGGAAAAAAUAGCGGCCAUCGCAGAGAAACUAGACCUCAAGAAGAACGUGGUCCGGGUCUGGUUCUGUAAUCAGAGACAGAAACAGAAACGAAUGAAAUAUUCCGCUGGGAUUUAA